CAGGUACUACUACACCGCAGGUGGUAGCGCAGUGCCUUGUGUUUCGCUUUUUCGCGUUCGCCGACUCACUUUAGAGGGCAAAAAGGUCUUUGUUACUUAUCGUUCAUCAUGAAGAGUUUUUCGAUUCAGGGAAUGAAGAGGCACCCGUCUCUCAUUCCACUGGUCGUAAUCGUUGGCGUCGGGAUGGUGGGAGCAGUUUUCUACACAGCCCGUCUCGCUCUGAGGAACCCAGACGUCAGCUGGAACAAGAAGACCAACACUGAACCCUGGCAGGAGUUCAAGGACAAGCAAUACAAGUUCUGGACCUCUCGAGACUACAGCACCUUGCCAAAGAGCGAGCGCCCCGAGUUCUAAGCUGGUCCCUUCAAUAUUCGCCCAUGUAUAGGUUGGUUUUGCAAAUAGGCUGACAUAAGGCACCAAUAAAGAGUGCUUUUGUGGCAAACCA